GCUCCCCGCCUCUUUAUAUUCAACUUUCUCAUCUUCCUCGCUUUUUAUAAACGUUUUCUUCACUACACUCAACCAAGAAACAGAAAAGAAAAAGCUGUUUUCUCAUUUCAAGUAAAACAGUAUGUCGAGAGCUAGCGUUGAGCUUAAUUUCUUUGGCAUGGAGAAAGAGAACCCUUGCAAAUCUCAGUUUCAAAAAUUCCUCGAUCGCCGUCGAAGCUUUCGAGCUCUUCAAGGCGCCAUCUCGAAGAUGAAUCCGGAGCUUAUCAAAUCAGUGAUUACCUCUGGUUUGACGAACCCGACGAGUCAGGAUCAGAUUGAGUCGAACAAGUCUGCUUCGGUCCCUUCGAGUCCCAAGGAAACACAGUCUCUGUUUCCAGAUUUACCUCUUCUUACCCCUGCUGCAAGGGCUGCAUCUGAGAAAGGUCCUGAAACAGCUCCCUUGACCAUUUUCUACAAUGGAACGGUCUCCGUUUUCAAUCUACCUCGUGAUAUGGCGCAGAGCAUCAUAAAACUCGCCGUUGGAGGAGUCUCACAAAAUGCUGAAUCAAUAGAGUCGGAAGUGGCAACUCCUUCAAGCGAUCAACAACAGCAGCUUCUUGAAACUCUUGAUGAAGAUUUACCAAUUGCCCGGAAAAAGUCCUUGCAGCGGUUUCUGGAAAAGCGCAAGGAGAGGUAACUUUGCUCUCUCUUUCUAUAGCUUGUAGA